AUUAUUAAUUAGUUUUUAGAGAAAAAUUUGAAACUAAUUAGUAGUAAAAUACAAGCUUGGGGGGCACAUGCCAUGUGACCCCACCACACGCACCCGCGCGCACAGCUGUUGCUCCACCCCUCUCUCUGAGCUCUCCCCCCUCCGAUCCCCGAUAAAUAACUUGUCUUCUUCUUCCUCACUCCCAUUAUAUUCUUAUAUUUUUAUUAUCUCACUUCUCCAUCAUCGAGCUCAUUAAUGGCGGAAACCACACCCUAGAAACCCUGCAUACUACUACUACUACUACUACUACUACUACUACUACUACUACUACCAGGAUGGGAAGAAGAAGACGAGAGCUCCGUCGCUUCAUGGAGUUCGAUCUCUCUUCCGCGCUGCUGCUGCUGCUGCUGCUGCUAGCGGGAGUUGGAUCGAGCGCGGCGGGGGAUUUGGAGCUGUUGAUCGCCUUUAAGAACGCGCUCCCGAACCCCGUUGUGCUCUCGAGCUGGAACGCUAGCCAGGGCCCGUGCUCCUUCGCCGGGGUCGGGUGCAAGGACGGGCGCGUCGCCUCCGUCGCGCUCCAAGGCGUCGCGCUCAGCGUCGAGCUCCGCGCCGUCGCCGCCUCGCUCAUGGCGCUCCCGAGCCUCGAGAGGCUCUCCCUCCGCGGGGGUAACAUCACCGGCGGCGUCUCCGCCGCCAGGUGCGGGGACCAGCUCGCGGAGCUCGACCUCUCCGGCAAUGUCCUCCGCGGCUCCGUCCCCGACGCCGCCGCCGUCGCCGCCGCGUGCCCCGGUCUCCGCUCCCUUAACCUCUCCGGCAACGCCCUUGGAGGCCCCCCCCCUGCGGGGACGGAGGGCGCGGGUGUAGUCCGCUUCGGAGGCCUCGACACGCUCGACCUCUCCUUCAACAAGAUCUCCGGGGAGGGCGACCUCCGGUGGAGCCUGGCCGGGCUCGGCGGACUCCGGCGGGUGGAUCUCGCCGGAAACCACCUCUCCGGCGGUUUUCCGGGGAUCGGGAACUGCUCGGGUCUUCAACACCUGGAUCUCUCCUCCAACGCACUCUCCGGGGAGAUCGUGGGCGGGGUGCUCGGCGGGUGCGGGAGCCUCGUCUACUUGAACCUCUCCUCGAACCACUUCACGGGUGCUCCCCCCUCCGACCUCUCCUCUUGCUCCUCUCUCUCCUCUCUGUGCCUCUCCAACAACAACUUCUCCGGGGAGUUCCCCAUCCAAACCCUGUCCGCCAUGCCCAACCUCAAGGUGCUCGAUCUCAGCUUCAACCACUUCAAUGGCACACUCCCCGACUCCAUCCCGAACCUUCCUUCUCUAGAACAGCUCGAUCUUAGUUCGAAUAGCUUCUCCGGAUCGAUCCCUUCGGUUCUCUGCCCUAAUCCCGGAUUCAGCUUAAAAGAGCUCUAUCUGCAGAACAAUCUCUUCACAGGGGCCAUCCCUGAAUCCCUUAGCAACUGCUCCAAGUUGAUCUCCCUCGACCUCAGCCUCAAUUACAUCACCGGAUCCAUUCCUUCCUCUCUCGGAUCGCUUUCUUCUCUCCGAGAUCUCAUAAUGUGGCAAAACUCCUUGGGGGGGGAGAUCCCAUCCGAGUUAUCCCGCAUCCAAACCCUAGAAAACCUCAUCCUCGACAACAACAACCUCACCGGGACCAUCCCUUGGCAGCUUGUUAAUUGCACCAAGCUCAACUGGCUCUCUCUUGCGAGCAACCGCCUCAGCGGACCGAUCCCGCCGUGGAUCGGACGGCUCGACAAUCUCGCCAUCCUCAAGCUCGGGAACAACUCCUUCUCGGGCCUGAUCCCGCCGGAGCUCGGUGACUGCACGAGCCUGGUUUGGCUUGAUCUGAACAGUAACCAGUUGAAUGGUUCGAUCCCGCCAACCCUUGCCAACCAAUCGGGAAAGAUUGCUGUCGGGCUUGUCGCGGGAAAGAGGUACGUCUACCUGAGGAAUGACAGGAGCAGCGGGUGCCGCGGCACCGGAAGCCUCUUGGAGUUUGCGGGGAUCCGGCCGGAGGAUCUUAACCGACUUCCUAGCAAGCGAUUCUGCAAUUUCACCAGAGUCUACAUGGGGAGCACUCAGUACACCUUCAACAACAACGGCUCCAUGAUCUUCCUGGAUCUCUCCUACAAUCAGCUAGAAGGGGAGAUCCCAAAGGAGCUCGGUAACAUGUACUAUCUCAUGAUCUUAAAUCUAGGGCACAACUUGUUAUCCGGUCUGAUCCCUCCCGAGAUGGGGAGUAUGCAUUAUAUUGCGGUGCUCGAUCUUUCGCACAAUGCUUUAGAGGGCCCAAUCCCGCCGUCAUUCUCUGCCCUCUCCCUCUUAUCAGAGAUAGAUCUCUCGAACAACAAACUUAAUGGGUCAAUCCCAAAUUCAGGACAGCUUGCAACGUUUCCUCGCGACCGGUACGAGAACAAUUCGGGCCUGUGCGGAUUCCCCCUCCCUUCAUGCGAAGAGAGCUCAAAUUCGAACAUGAACCAGCAUGAGAAGUCCCACCCCCAAACUUCCCUUGCGUGGAGUGUAGCAAUGGGACUGCUCAUUGCCCUUUUCUGCAUAUUUGGUAUAAUCAUUCUUGCUGCCGAGAGUAGAAAGAGACGGAGGAAGCAUGAUAGCAAUAAUAACAACCCAUGGGAUAUAUAUAUUGAUAAUAGCCGAUCUCACUCUGGAACUGCAAAUACCAUUUGGAAGCUGAUAGGCACCAAGGAAGCACUAAGCAUAAAUCUCUCAGCAUUUGAACAGCCGUUACAGCAGCUCACUCUUGCCGACCUCCUAGAAGCCACCAAUAACUUCCACAACGACAACCUGAUCGGCUCCGGUGGGUUUGGCGAUGUAUACAGAGCCCUGCUCAAAGAUGGAAGCUUCGUUGCCAUAAAGAAACUUAUACAUGUGAGCGGCCAAGGCGAUCGAGAAUUCAUGGCCGAGAUGGAGACCAUCGGAAAGAUCAAGCACCGGAACUUAGUCCCUUUAUUAGGCUACUGCAGAGUUGGCGAAGAACGCCUUCUGGUAUACGAGUACAUGAAGUAUGGAAGCUUAGAGGAUGUCUUGCAUAAUAAAAGGAAGGUUGGGGUGAAACUAGAUUGGGCGGCAAGGAGAAAGAUUGCUUUAGGGGCGGCAAGAGGUUUAGCCUUCCUUCACCACAGCUGCAUCCCCCACAUUAUCCACAGAGAUAUGAAAUCGAGCAAUGUCCUUCUUGACGACAACUUGGAGGCAAGAGUCUCGGACUUUGGGAUGGCAAGGGCUAUGACUAAUGUAAUGGACACCCAUUUGAGUGUUUCGACCCUCACGGGUACACCAGGGUAUGUUCCGCCGGAGUAUUAUCAAAGCUUGCGCUGCACCACAAAGGGUGAUGUGUACAGCUACGGGGUACUAUUGCUCGAGCUGCUUACUGGAAAGCGAUCAACCGAUGCAUCGGACUUUGGGGACAAUAAUUUGGUGGGGUGGGUGAAGCAGCACUCCAAGCUAAGGAUAAGCGAUGUGUUUGACAAGGAAUUGUUGAAGGCGGAUCCGUCUGUAGAGUUGGAGUUGUUAGAACACCUCAAGAUCGCUUGUGCUUGUUUGGAUGAUCGACCAUUCAGGCGGCCGACGAUGUUGAAGGUGCUCACAAUGUUGAAGGAGAUACACGCAGGAUCCGCAGUACCGACCGCAGCUUCGGCCCAUGCGGGUUCAGUAGACAUGAAUUUUGGGAUGGUGGAAUUGAGUUUGAUGGAAGGAAAAGAAGAGAAGGUCUAAAGAGGGAUCGUGAGGAGGAUUAGAGGAUUUGGUGGCUGAACACUUCCUAGAAGAAGAAAGCAAUUGAAUCAUUGCAGCACGCGGCGUAGCAGACGGCGUCGGGCGAGAUGGGACUAUGGAAACUGUAGCGGCGGCCCUCUUUCUCCCGGCGCCGGCCAGGGCAGCGGCGGAGGAGGAGGAUGACGAGCGUCGCCGACUCGCGGGCCUUUUUUUUGGGCGAAAACGGACGGCGUCGGGGGAGGUGGAAACCGUAGCCGCGCCCUCUUGCUCCCGGCGCCGGCCAGGGCGGCGGCGGAGGAGGACGACGAUGCUCGUCGUCGCCGACUCGCGAGCCGAUUUUUUGGGCGAAUUAUUCGCGAAUAGCGAAUAAUUCGCGGAUAAUUUUUUUUGGAGAAAAAAACGCGUUUUUUUUCGCACUUUUGGGAAAAAUACGUUUCAUGCCGUUUAAUUCGGCUAAUCAAAAAUUCGCGAAUAAUUCGCGUAUUAUACGCGAAUUUACUAACUAUGCUCGCAAGGAGCAAUCCCACUUAAUAAUUUCCCCCUC